AUGGGAUUUGAAGUUGGUGGUGUGGCUAGUAGAAUGUUGGAUUUGAGGAUGGUCCAAAAUCACAAGCGUUCCAAGAGUGCCAGCUUUCCAGAAAAGAAAAGAGCUGAGGGAGAUAAACCAUCGAAUAGUUCUCUUGAAGCCUCUCAACGCAUCAAGCUGGACAUGGGUCGUUCAAAGGAAUCAGCCAGAACCAAGCAUACUCAAUGUCAUUCAAACACUGAAACUUCAUUGACGCAAGAGAUUGAUCAGCUUGAGACAAGAUUAGAAGAUCAGUUUAAGGUUCGUUGUGCAUUAGAGAAGGCGUUAGGUUAUCGAACAGCUUCUUCGUACUUACUGACUGAAACAAACGACAUUCCCAUGCCUAAGCCAGCUACUGAUCUGAUCAAAGACAUUGCGGUUCUGGAGAUGGAAGUCAUACAUUUAGAGCAGUACCUUCUUUCAUUAUAUCGAAAAGCCUUUGACCAGCAAAUCUCUUCCGUGUCCCCAAAUACAGACAACAAGAAGCCAAAGUCUCCUCCAUCCGUAACAGUUACAACCCCUAGAAGGCGUCUUGACUUUUCUGAAGAUGAUGAUACAGCACCUAAAACAGAUCACCCUACUAAUCCUCUGCUUGAUGAUAAUCAAAAUCAACCGAAGGAAACAGACCAAACGGACCCCAGUUUCCGUCGAAGCCACUCUCAGCAUUCUGAAUUUGGAAGUAGAAAAGCUUCUCCAGAAGAUUCUUGGAGCAAAGCCAUCCGCUCAUGCCACUCUCAACCGCUGUAUGCGCAGAAUGGAGAGAAUCUAAUAAGUCUAGCUGAACAUCUUGGCACCCGAAUCUCGGAUCAUGUUCCAGAGACUCCCAACAAGUUAUCUGAAGGAAUGGUUAAGUGUAUGUCAGAAAUAUACUGCAAACUUGCAGAGCCUCCUUCUGUGCUACAUCGCAGACUUUCAUCUCCAAACUCGUCUUUGUCAUCAAGUGCAUUUUCCCCCUCUGACAAUUACGAUACAUCGAGCCCUGGAUUUGGAAACAACUCUUUCGAUGUUCGGUUAGAUAACUCUUUCCAUGUAGAAGGAGAAAAGGAUUUCAGUGGACCUUACAGUUACAGCAGCACCAUGGUUGAAGUUCUUUGCCUUUACAGAGACGCCAAAAAGGCCACUGAGGUCGAAGAUCUUCUGCAAAACUUCAAGUCGCUCAUCAGUAGAUUGGAGGAGGUUGAUCCAAGGAAGCUGAAACACGAAGAGAAGCUAGCGUUCUGGAUAAAUGUGCACAAUGCACUUGUGAUGCAUGCUUAUUUAGCUUAUGGGGUUCCACAGAACAAUGUGAAGAGAGUCCUACUGCUACUCAAGGCUGCAUAUAACGUUGGUGGACACACAGUUAGCGCUGAAGCGAUACAAAGUUCGAUUCUUGGAUGCAAAAUGUCUCAUCCUGGACAGUGGCUUAGACUACUAUUUGCUUCAAGGAAAUUCAGAGCAGGAGAUGAAAGAUUAGCUUACGCAAUCGAUCAUCCCGAACCUCUCCUACAUUUUGCACUCACUUCAGGCAGCCACUCCGAUCCUGCGGUUCGUGUAUAUACACCGAAAAGAAUCCAGCAAGAGCUCGAGACAUCGAAAGAAGAGUACAUAAGAAUGAGCUUAACCAUGAGGAAUAAGAAAAUCCAAUUGCCAAAGCUUGUGGAGACGUUUGCAAAAGACUCCGGUUUAUGUCCGGCGGGUUUGAUGGAGAUGGUGAACCGGAGUAUACCGGAAUCUUCAAGGAAAUGUCUUAAGAGAUGUCAAUCUAGUAGUAAAUCACGCAAGCACAUUGAUUGGAUCCCUCACAGCUUUACAUUCAGAUAUCUUAUUCUUAGAGAAGCUGCCAAAUGA